AUAUCCUUGAACCACUUGUGCUGUUCAUCGCUGCUGUGAGUUUAGCCAGCUGUCAGUUUGUGCUGUCGCUUCAACAUUUAUGUUGUCUGUCGGUAUUCACAUGUCAGGGAGUUUAAAAUAAAGGCGUCGUUUGUCAAAAUGCCCAAAGGAGGUAAGAAAGGUGGCCACAAGGGUCGCGUGCGGACUUACACCAGUCCCGAGGAGAUAGACGCUCAGAUGAAAGCGGAGAAGGAGAGGAAAAAGCAAGAGCAGGAAGCAGAGGGGGAGGAGGGUGCAGCUCAGAAUGACCUGGCAGAGGAGAAGUUACCAGGCUCAGGAUCAGAGGACAGCGAUGAUGAAAAUUCCCAGAGGAGGAGAGCGGGUGUGGAGGGCUUGAUAGAAAUUGAAAACCCCAACAGAGUGGCUCAGAAGUCCAAGAAGGUGACGCAAAUUGAGCUGGACGAGCCCAAGCAGUUAUCAAGGAGAGAGAGAGAAGAGAUCGAGAAGCAGAAAGCGAAGGAGCGCUACAUGAAGAUGCACUUGGCCGGGAAGACGGACCAGGCCAAAGCUGACCUCGCCCGCCUCGCCAUCAUCAGGAAACAGAGAGAAGAUGCGGCAAGAAAGAAAGAAGAAGAGAAAAAAGCAAAAGAAGCAGCAGCAGCAGCGGCUAGAGGAAUAAACUCCCUGUCACUGAAAUGAUGCAGAUUAUUUAUCAGAGGCGUUUUCACAUGUUCCUGGACUGGCGCAAUAUAUAUAUUUGACUAUUUUUAAAGGAAGAGCUAUGAAGAAUAUUUGACAUUACUGUAACAUAUGACCAUUUGGAAAAUGGUUGAGGAGACACCAGUGGAGAGGGGCUGUGUAUGUUGUGGCAUGGAACAGUUGCCUCGUUGAUCCCUCCAGGAAGUACAGCUACAAUUGAGAUUACAUCGGUCUUCACAUACACUUGGAAUGAACCCCUUCUAACCUACGAGCUUGUACAUGAUAUUAAUAAUGGUUAUACUUGUCAUUGUACAAUUCCGACUUUGCUAACUGAGCUUUGCCACUAUGUUUUUCUUUUGGAUCUUACAUUGUAUAUAACUGACUCAUGAAAAUAUUUCAGAUUAAUAUGAUGAAACCAGUAAAAGAUGUGUGUCCAUUU